GGAAGUAGAUGGUUGUGACGUCACAAGCCACCGAAGAAAAGAAAUGGCGAUGCUGGGCGAUUUUAGCGCAGCACAGCACAAGAAAUACGUUUUGGAUGGGGCUAGCGACGUGUCAGAGUUCGUAUGUCCAGUGUGUCUGGAAAUCUUCGACAGUCCUGUAAAGACACAAUGCGGACAUACGUUUUGCCAGAGUUGUCUGCAGGAGUGCUUGCGACCACAGAAGCCUGUGUGUGCUGUGUGCAGGGCCACUCUGGGCCACUGGACUAAAGCCUCUGAUCUGGAGGCUGUCAUCCAAUCAUCUGUGGCGGCCUGUAAGGGCUGCGGCGCUCAGAUUUGGCUUUCUCAAAUGAGAAAUCACACAGCUGCAUGUUCCAAAUACCAGGAUUACAUUGAAGAGGGUGUGAGGACGACGGCCCAGAGCCAACCAGCCAUUGUCAGCCCUCUGCCAAAUCGCUACACCUUCACUUGUCCAUACUGCAGCUGCCAGAACCUGGAUCAGGAUGGGCUAGUGGAACACUGCACUUCCCAGCAUGCUCGGGAUACACGUCAAGUCGUGUGCCCCAUCUGUGCCUCCAUGCCCUGGGGUGACCCUAAUUACAGGAGUGCAGACUUCCUCCAGCACUUGAAGAUCAGACACACCUUCUCCUACGACACCUUUGUCGACUACUCCACAGACGAGCAUACAAUGAUUCAGGAGGCUCUACAGCGCUCCCUCCUGGACAACUAGGAGCCGUGAAGACUGUAGCACUCUGUGUCUCCAGAUGAUCACGUGGCCAGAAAGCUGCUGUUAUACGGUGGUUCUGUUGGAUAUGGGUCGAUUAUCCAGAUGAAUGAUGAUGAAUGAGCGUGCGUGCGUGCGUUUAAGUCUUGAACAGUCUUCUGUCCUGAUUCUUUGGUGUCUUAUACGUACAUGACCACGGGAGGGCAGUAGAGAUCCAUAUUUUUUGUCUUGCUGUAGCGGCACUUCAUCCUCACCAGACAUAAUAUGCCAAUCCAGUCCAACACGUCACCCCCUUUACUCCCCCCACCCUUUGACUCAGUGUGUUGUGUUGAUCUGUCUUGUUUAAUCAACGACGUCACACGUCCUAGUCCCUGCUGCCUGGUGUUUCAUGGUUUCCUUCGCAGGAAUUCUUCAUUAUGAGCAGAUAAAAUACGAUUUCUAAAUAUAUAAUUUCAUUAAUUAUCACAAAAUUCUGAAUCUCCUGAUUCGAAUAAAGAGUCCAGAUUAUUGCAGAUUAACUUUGUGAUCAGGUUAUCUUUUAAUCUUAGCUCACUCUUUUGUUUAAUGAAAUGUACUGUUGACAUCACUGCCAACAUUUCUGACACAAAAAACUGUUUUAAAUAGUUUAUUAUCUGCAUGUUUCCAAAACAGUUGUAUGCUAUUGUAUCUGCUAUUUUAGUGAAUUGUGUCUUAUUUUAAUUGUGUUGUUUUGCAGCGACCUCUAUGGGUCAGACACUGUACAGCUGCUGUAUCUUUGUCCCAUUUGUCUUCACCAAAAGGUAAAUAAAAAUAUUCACUACAGAGAGAGAGCAGCACC